AUGUGUCCCGGAGGCGCUAACGCCGGGCUACCUAUCCAUUCGCUACUCUUCGCCAAUUCGCUCUUCGACGAUCUCGAGCCCGCCGCCGCGGCGGAAUCGGUGCAUUGGCCGGAUAGCCCAUCAUCCGGCGCCGCGAAAUCCCGCGCGCCGCCUAAGUUCUCCGCGGGCGGCUGGUCGCGCCUCACUCAGGCGCUGAGCAACGGCCGCGCGCUCACGCCAACGCAGAAGAAUUGGGACGUGAAACUCGGCGACGGAAAGCGGAGCGGCGUUGGCAGAGUCGGAGCCGAGCGGACGUCCAAGGUGGCACCGCCGCCGUCAGCCGCCGCCUCCAAGCCGCGUUCAGCUUCACGUCCGCCACCGUCACUCGGCGGUGCCGCCGAGACUGAAACGGAAGGCGAGCCGGCGCUUCUCCUCCUUCCCGACGGCUCCGUCCAAAUCUUCACGUCCGGUUCUGUCGCCGAGUCGCGUAGCCCAAAAUUGGCUGGCGACGCGGCCGCCCCCGCAAAUGACAACAGAAGGAGACUCACCCGCGCCAGCGAUGUGCUUCAAAAUCACCCGGGCUUUCAGGUGGGGUCACUGACGUCAGCCAAUGGCUUUCUCCGCCCGCAGCAAGUGAUGACGCCCGGACACGUGUACUUCCUCCAGCCACCUCAGGCUCUGACGGCCGCAGCCGCGCUUCCAGCUGCUGACGUAAGCAGAACGAAUCCAGGAGAUGACGAGAGUGCGUCUGCCGCAUUGACCUUACAACGAGACUUUGCUACUAACGCGGAUCAUGGCGCGGUUGGGAUGCAAAUGGAGGCGGAAGAGCACACCCUGGACGAUGUGACUAUAACGGAGGAGGGACUAAUGGCGAGCAUCCUUGGUAACACGUACAAGAUCUCUGAGACCAAUGUGGUUACCCGGACCCUGUCCAACCCUACCACCACCACUAGCACCACCAUCACCACCACCACCUUCAACGCAGGCGAUGCGACUAUGACGAGAAGAAAUGCUUCAUUGGGGAAGAGCUCCUCUUCGAGCACAGCAGCAUCUUCAGCAGCAUCGUCUGUGAAUUGCUCCCCCUCAGUGCCCUCGGAAUCACCAAACCUGCAGCCUCCUCUCCUCUCCCUCGACCGGCGCACCCUCUCCCCCUCCCCCAUUCCAUCCCUCUACCGCACCCCCUGCGCCUGCUGCAACGCCAAAUGCCCCGCCACCCCCACAUCCCACUUCUCUCCAGCCCUCACCCACUCGCUCACCCUCUCCCCCACCUCCUCUGCUGCCACGAAUUCCACGUUCCCAUCCCCCAUGCUCUCCCCCAGAUGCCCACCCUCCCCACCAUCACCAUCGCCUUCCCUUCCUUGCCCAACUGGGUGUUCCAGCCGUCCAAAAGUCUCCCCUCCCCGCCAUUUUUUCGCGGUUCCUGAAGAUCUCAGCUUCCAACUGGACAGUGCUGCCGCCCAAAUUUUUGCCGCUGCCGGCCAGGAACGCUCGACAUCACCGCUGAUGCACCGUGGCUGGUGCACUGCCGGGCGUAGCAUCCACCCCCAGUUCUCAUCCGGCAUUGGCUGCAACGAGUGUGACAACGACGCAGGUGCUACAACGCGGAGCUACAGUGCAAGAUGCACUGGCGUUAAACUUGCAACCAGCACUGGAUUUGUCUAUGGCAGCAGCAGCAACAGCAGAGUCGAGAAAGAUGCCAGCAACGGCAUUAUCAGCAAUAGGCACAGGAGAAGCUACUCCCGAGGGCUUGAAUUGUCCGAAGAGCUACAGGGCGAGGAGAACGCAUUUGGAAGGGGAGAAGAGCAGCGGCAGCACAACCCCUUCAGGUUGCGAGGACGGCCUGUGGUCACAGCAGAGGACAUGGUGUUUGGCCGCGUGGCUUCCAGUCUGUCGUGA